AGACACAGCCAGUCAUUGUUAAAGUACUCAAAAAGACUUUUUUUGAGUGGAGAAAAGAAAGUGAUGAGCAAAGUAAAGUGAAGUAUCACUAUACCACUGUGUGUACUGUGUGUAAACAUGCCACUUCUUCUUCUUCUUCUUCACCGGCUCCGCCCUUCUCCGUCGCCGCUUCUUUAACUCUCUGUGCCGCCGUAGUAACCACCGUCAAAGGCGGAGACAACAUCCACUUAAUUGCUUUUCCUUUUAUUUUUCCGAUGGGUUGUACGGCGUCGAAGCUGGAUAAUGAAGAUACAGUCCGGCGAUGUAAAGAUCGCCGGAGAUUAAUGAAAGAAGCUGUAUAUGCCCGUCAUCAUUUAGCUUCUGCUCAUUCUGAUUACUGCCGUUCACUUCGUAUUACCGGUUCUGCUUUAUCUACCUUCGCCGCCGGUGAACCUCUCUCCGUUUCCGAUCAUACCCCCGCCGUACUACUCCGUACAACGUCCUCUUCUACCACCACUCCACCACCACCACCACCUAUUCGUAUCCCAUCUCCUUCACGUUCCUUCCAGACACCACCUCCGCCUCCUCCUCCGCCGUUUUCUCCGUCUCCGACGAUAGCUUCUUCGAAGCUUCCUCAUAUACUUUCUUCUUCCUCUGUUUCUUCUCAUCAGCAGCGGCAGCGACAGCAGCAGCCGGUUCAGCAGAAAAAACCGGUGAAGCUUCCGCAUAUUCUGUCGGGAUCAAGCUUGAAUUCGUAUAAUGAAGAUUAUACAUACGAUGCGAAAGCGAAUUCGACUUAUUCGAGUACUCCUUCACAAGCUUCGUCUGUUUGGAACUGGGAAAAUUUCUACCCUCCUUCCCCUCCAAGUUCAGAGUACUUUGAACGCAUCCACAAUAAAAAUAACUUAGCUGUUGAAGCUGAUGAUGAGUUUGAUAAGGCAUCGAAUUACACAUCUUAUUCACAGUACUCUCAGCAUCAACAUCAACAUCAGCAUCAUCAGCAUCCUAGUGAAGAAUCACUUCUUGGGAAAUCGAAUAAGCAAUUCGAUUUUUUCGAUACGGAUAGUGUUAACGAUGAGAAAUUGACAAAUGGGUCAGUCAAGAAUCAGAAAAAAGUUGGUGAAAACAAGCAGAACUAUGGAGGUCACCACUUGAAUAACAACUGGGAAAGUGAAGCUGAGAGAGAAGAGGUACAGUGUAGUGAGUGGGGAGAUCAUGAUCAUUACAGUACUACAACUUCAUCUGAUGAGGAUGAGGAAGAGGAGGAGGAAGAGGAGAAGGAUGAGAUAAGAUCUGGGUAUGGGCAAACCCGUUCGAAUUUCGGGUCGACUGGUUCAGUGAAGAAUGAGGAAGUUAAUGUGAAUAUGAAGAAUUUCUCAGGGAAGAAAUCUGAUAAGAUGUCAGAGGAUGGAGGGUCGUCUUCGAUGAGUUGGGGGAAUGGAAAUGGGAAAGUGGAGAUGGUAUCAGAUAGAAGUAUUGUGGUGAGGCACAAGGAUUUAGCUGAGAUUGUUGCUGCCAUUAAGGAAUACUUUGAUAAAGCUGCUUCUGCUGGUGAGCAAGUGUCUGAGAUGUUGGAGACAGGUCGAGCUCAGCUCGAUCGGAGCUUUAGGCAGUUGAAGAAAACGGUGUAUCAUUCCAGUGGAGUAUUUAGUACCAUAAGCUCUACCUGGUCGUCAAAACCUCCAUUGGCGGUCAAGUAUCGAUUUGAACCUAGUUCUAUUGAUGAAGGAGGCCAAAAGAGUCUUUGUUCCACCUUGGAGCGACUUUUGGCAUGGGAAAAGAAACUAUAUCAGGAAGUGAAGGCCAGGGAAGGAGUUAAAAUUGAGCAUGAAAAGAAGUUGGCAACAUUGCAGAGUCAGGAAGGCAGAGGUGAUGACGAAGCCAAGUUGGACAAAACCAAGGCCUCUAUAAAGAGGUUGCAGUCACUGAUGGUGGUCACAUCGCAGGCUGUUUCCACUACGUCCUCUGCCAUUAUUGGUCUAAGAGACUCUGACCUUGUUCCGCAGCUUGUUGAACUUUGUCAUGGAUUCAUGUACAUGUGGAAAUCCAUGAAUCAGUUUCAUCUAGUUCAGAAUGACAUUGUACAGCAGGUGCGUGGCCUCAUCAAUAGAGCAACUAAAGGUCAAUCGACAUCUGACCUGCACCGGCAGGCAACACGUGACCUUGAGUCUGCUGUAUCUGCAUGGCACUCGAGUUUUUGUCGCCUGAUAAAAUUUCAAAGGGACUUUAUCCGCUCCCUUCAUGGUUGGUUCAAGCUCACCCUUGUAUCAGUCAAUAGUGAGCCAACUAAUGGCAACAGGGAGUUCUCAGAUUCAUAUAUGUUUUGCGAUGAAUGGAAGCUAGCGCUUGACCGUAUUCCUGACACUGUUGCAUCAGAAGCUAUCAAAAGCUUCAUAAAUGUUGUCCAUUCGAUCUAUGUGAAACAGACGGAGGAACUGAAGAUAAAAAAGCGGACUGAAUCUGCAUCAAAGGAGCUUGAGAAAAAGGCUUCAAGUGUUAGAAGCAUUGAAAGGAAGUAUUACAACUCUUACUCCAUGGUUGGCAUUGGACUUCCUGAUGUGGGACCUGAUAAUGGUAAUGCUUUAGAUGCACGAGACCCUCUCGCUGAGAAAAAGGCCGAGCUUGCAGCUAGCCAACGGCGUGUGGAAGAUGAGAUGAUGAAGCACUCUAAAGCAGUGGAGGUAACCAGAGCGAUGACCCUGAACAACAUUCAGACGGGGUUGCCGGGAGUUUUCCAGGCUAUGACCAGCUUUUCUUCCUUGAUGACAGAGGCCCUUGAGGCUGUAUGCACCCGUUCUUAUUCUAUUAAGUAGGAAACAACUUACAGAUAACUGAAUACUAUUACGUAUUUUCUUUUUUCUUUUUGGCUAUUUUUAUCUCGGUUUUGGGUGAGGAUGGAAGAGAAAGGGCGCAUUUUUGGUCAUAGGCUCCUUUCAGCUAGUUGUUUUUUUCCCUUGAUAUUUUGCUAUAUUGUUGUAGAUAUGUGGAAUUUUUUUCAAUCUUAUGUAGUGGUGGGAAGAGGAAUAUUUCCUGUAUGUAUAGCAAAUUGUUUGCAUUAUUGCAUUGAGUUCCAACAUUCUAAGCAGAUGAAUAAAUGUAUUCCUUCUAAGUGGAAAAAUAUUCUUCAACCAAA